AUGGAAAAGGAGAAAUGCUUGGCUGGACGGCCCAACGUCCGCACUGCCAACACCUUCCUCCGUGGCUGCUUGGUUCUGGGAUCCGUGGCCGAUGCAGAGGCUGUGCUGCAUCGCAUGCAAACAGUCUGGGCAGCGCAGGAUGAUUGGCGCGAUCAGCAUGGUGGUAGACCCGAUGCCUCCACAUACGAGAUUCUCGUGACCCUGCUGUGUCAGGCUCUGAAACAUGGAAGGGCCCGGAAACUGGCUGCCGUGGCCGUUGAGACGUUGGGUGUAAGCCCCGGCUGCGCCGCCAUGUUUGUGGCCGCAGCGAGGGCGGCCCUCAUCUCAGGAGACAUCGCAGCGGCCGCCGCUGCUGCCAAGCGCGCGCGGAAGACCCUCGCGCGGGAGGGUGAGUUCUCUGAAAAGAAGCUCUCCAACUUGGCCGGCAGCGGUGGCAAGCGCGGCACGAAGAAGUGGACCUCGGACGGUGCCGAGAGCGAUGCGCGGGCACGGAGUCUCGAGGUAUUCCAGGACCAUCGGCAGAGGGAGAUCCUGGCCGACCUGAAGGAAAUCGAAGCCUUGCUGCCAGGCUCGGAGCCUGGCGCCAAGGUGCCUGCAAUCGACCUCCCCAAGCUCUUCAUGCGAACUCUCUGCUUCGAGGACUAUGGGGACAGCCAGACGGCCGCAAGCGAAUCGCUUGCGCAGGCCUUGCACCGCCGCCUGUGUGAGAAGUUGGGUUUGGAGAACGGGAGCGAUGCUGCUGAGACGGUUCGGCAGAAGUUCCGCACUCUGACGGGCAAAGGCUCCAAGAAGCGGAGAGCCGCGGAGGGGACCGAGGCCACCGUGCCCAGGGCUCGCAUCGAUUUGCGCGGCCUUUUCGCUGAGCCUGGUGAGGAGUUCACCCAAACACUGCACUUGGAACUCUGCAGCGGUUCCGGGGAGUGGCUUUGCUCGCAGGCCUUGCGCGACACCUCGGUGAACUGGGUCGCGUCUGAGCUGCGCUUCGACCGCGCUGCGCGGUGCUUCCAGCGGUUUGCCCUUCGCGGCCUCGCCGCUGAAGGAGCCAACGCCGGACUCCUCGUGGGCGACGCCAAAGGCACCCUGGAGGCCCACCUGGUGCCUGGUUGUGUGGCACGGCUCUUCAUUAACCAUCCAGAGCCCCCGCACCAGACCGACCUCGAACGGGCAGCGCAGAGCGGCGAGGCUCGAGAGGCCGGCAGCGGGACGGAGUCCACCCACCUUCUGACCCUGGCCUUCUUGCGGGAUGCCUGCACAGCCGUGCUGGCUCCCGAGGGCACGCUGACAGUCUGCACCGACAACCUCGCCUAUGGCCAGUGGCUUUUGAAGGCCUUCGCUUCGGAGCCCUUGCGGAAGCUCUUCAAGGAUGCUCUGAAGGGUAAGGGCUUCAAAGAAGGACUCGUGGCCGAGGAGAAGGGCUUCAAGCUGCGAAGCCAGCCUCCUCCGUGCGAGGUGGCCGGAGCACUGUACAAGGGGAGCGACGGUGGCUCCUACUUCCAGCGGCUGAAGCAGAGUGAGAAAGGCUCCAGAGGCCAGGAGAACGACCGCUACUACCUCUGCUUGCGGAAGCGUGCGGGGUGA